AUGGUGUUUCGCUCACCAGUAAAAAAGCGCCUGCGAUCCACUGCGCAGGAACAGCAGAUUGACAAUGAGGAGCCGCUGCAUGCUCGUCAGGAGCAGGAUGAUGCUCCUCCGAAUCAGACAGGGACUGCCCGGUCUCAAGACGAUGACAUAAAUACCGCUGCAACAAUUUCAGCGAGGCAAGCCUUAUCGACUUGGACCCGCAGGACCUGGAUGGCCAUAUCUCGAACGCGACCUUCUCACUUGGACGUACCGGAGAGGCAGAAGACACAAAUGAACCCUCCGACGCUCGCAGGCCAGCGGUCGCGUUCAACAUCGACAGCUCUGGCGAUAUGGAGCCGCUUCGCCUCACGACUGCAGCCACAAUUGCAACAACAGCCGCAGUCACAAACACUCUCACUGCCACAGUCACAACAGUCGCUGCCGGAAUUACAGACACAGAUACCAGCACAGUUACAAACAGGCAAACCAAAAGGGAAGAACGCCAAAAAACUUAAGCCUGAAGACCAUGUCGAGCUCGGUGCCUAUGCAUCAGACGUUACAAAUAACGAGACUUUCCUAUCGGUAGUCGGCCAUUUGGCCAAGCUCAUUGACAGGGCUGUUAACGAAGACAAGAGCGUGAACAGAACUAACAAGAAAGCCAUAACGAAAGCAUCACAGGAAAUUUUAAAGGCCUUAGACCAAAUGAAGCAUAUCACAAAAUAUGAUAUCCAACCGGCAAAAAUAAGGGAGAUCCGGCAGGUGAUAGAGGAUGCCAGGAGCCCGCCACCCAUGCCUCCAUAUGGAGAAUCUGAAAAAAAAAUAAUAGAUGGGGUCCAGGCUAAUAUCGAUAGACUUGUUGAUGAGCAACAAAAAAUCAACGAGCUAGUGGUAUUCUGCUUAACACGACCACUAGAUAAUGAGAAUGAAGAGGAAAACAAUGAUGGCUUUACCGAGGUCCUCAGCAGAAAAGCAAAGAAGAGAGCUCGUGCAGAAACAAGCGUAGAAGCUGGAGCAAGGGCCUCGGGGGCAACGUACGCUGAUGCGGCUCGCAGGACACCCUACACACCUAAAAACAGGUCUAGCGACAGAACCACUCAGGACACCAGUUAUGCUGUUAUCCUGGAACCUCUGGACCCACGCAAAGAGAGUAAGGACGCGUUGAAUGAGGUACAGGAAAAGGUAGACCUGGUAGAGUUGGGUGUGGGCAUAAAGAGUGUACGCCACACUAAAAAUAAUAAAAUAGUCAUUAAUUGCGAAACGGAAAGCGAUCGAACCACUCUUAGCACAGCUAUUAAGCAUAAUACCACAGGCGUCACAGUCGGAGUCCCGAAAUUACGCAACCCCUGUAUAAAACUUCUUGGCGUGACGAGCGAUAACGCUAAUGAGCGAAUAGUUGAGGCAAUCGCAAAACAAAACCACAGAAUAAUGGACAGCGUUGAUGCAGACCAUAAACGCAUCAAAUACAUUCGUAGCGUCAAGGGACGUAAUGACUCGAUGAAAAACGUUGUGGUUGAAGUCAGUCCCCAAUUGUACCAGCAAAUGCUCUCCCAAAAAAUCAAAAUCGGAUAUCAGUCAGUCCUCGCGGUAGACCAAUCGCCAAUCAUACAGUGCUUCAAAUGCAUGGGCUUCGGGCACCAAGCGGCAAACUGUACAUCCAACAGUAAAUGCGGUUUCUGUGCAGAUGCACAUGAUACCCGCAACUGCCCAAGAAGCUCGAAAGUCCCAUGCUGCACCAACUGCAAAGGCCAAGACAAAGAAUACAAUCACCCUGCGUUCAGUCAAAACUGUCCAGACUGGAUAAAGUGGGAUCGCAUUGCAAGAAUCAAUGUCCGUUAUUCCUAAGGGCCUCCCAAUAGUAAACUUCACUAGUAAACAUUAUAUCACCGUUGUCCAAUGCAACUUGGGACGGGGAAAUAAUGCCUUUCAAGAAUUGAUACAAUGUGCU